AUGUCAACAUCCCAAUCAAUAUCAGAAUUAGUUGAAGAAAAACAUGGUGAUAGUAUGUCUUUAUUGCAUAGUAAAUCGACAUUACAAUCGUUGCGAGAACAAGAAAAAAAAGCUUUACAAUCUAUUAAUAAAUUAACCGAAGAAGAAAUGACUCAUAUAGAUCAAUGGUUAUCUAUUUUGUAUAACACAUAUGAAAAUUUGGAAUAUCCAUUAUCACAUCGUGUAUUUCAAGCAACUACAUAUUUUGAUGAUGAACAACAAUUAUGGUAUAAACAGAUGAAUGCUGAAAUUAAUAAUGAUUGGCCAUGCUUUUUGUGA